UCUGGGCAAACCGGAACUAACUGUCAAAGUACCUUGGCAACGUGCAGUGCGAGGACAGUGCGACUUUGUAACAAGAAAGAGAAGAAAUUUGUGUCUCAAUCCACAGUAUUUCAGGCUGGAACUAGGGACCCUAAAUGGGUUAUUUUAACACACGAUACCAGGGAGGGAGUCAUCAGGCAGCCAUAUUGGUUAAACAAAUAUUUGCUUUUGUUUUAAUUUAAGACAUGGCUACCAAACGAAAGACAGGUGUUGAAAUGGGUCCUGCAUCGAAGGCUCCAAAAACUGUCAGCAAGGAGAAAAACAAAGGUGUUGAAAUGAGUCCUGCAGCUAAGUCUCUGAAAACUCGUAGCAAUAAGGGAAAGACUCGGACUACAGAGAGCAAGCAGCAGAUGAAGAAAGGUACCAAGAGAACACGAGCUAAAGCACUCGAAGAGGAGAAAAAGGCUGAGGAACCACCUGAAGCAGUCAAAGAGGAGAAAAAGGCCCAAGUCAAAACGGGCCAACCCAGUAAGGAUGAGUUAGACGAUAUAGCAAGUAAAUUGGAAGAUGAUUCUUGGAAGAAACUUGCUCGUCGACUUAGAAUUGAGGAUCCAAAGAUUACUGCCAUUGAUAAAGCACAUGAUGAUCUGUUUGAAAAGGCAUACCAGAUGCUCUUGCAUUGGACACAUAAAGAAGGAACUGCAGCAACUUAUCAGGUUUUGUUUGAGGCCUUGGAUAAUGAUAAGGUUAAUUACAGAGAUUUGGCUCAAAAAUAUUGUUGUGUAAAAAUUGACUGAUUUUAACACAAAGAAGUAAAAUGGUGGUUGUGAAGCUGCAAAUGUAAUAAUCACAUAUGUUAUAAAAGCUCUUGUGCAGUAUUUCUGUCAGUGCUGUAAAUUGUCCAGUUUGUUGUGUACGAAGUGAUUAUUACAUGAAUUUUACUAUCAUUAUAUUUUCGUAAAUGUUGGGUUUUAUAUUUUAACCCCAUGAACUUGUAAAGGGGGCAUUGCCUUUUUUUUAAAAUAGUACAUUUAGGUUUGUUAACUAUACGACAAAUUGUUAAUAGAGAAUUUGAGAUAAGGUAUAAAGUUGUACAGCUAGUACAUAUUCGAAUUCAGAGUAGUUAAAUUGCUAUGCCAUACAUGUGGUUGGCUUGUCAUGUUGUACCUGCUGAGCAGACAUUUACAUGUGUGUUAUGAUAUUUGCGUUAAAGCCAAAUUGGUUAUUUUUUGUUUCCAAAUUUUAUGACAUUUUGAUAUGUGUGCAAAAGGGGAUAGGGUGUUUUAAAUAAACACAGUUUAGCAACCACGCACUACCCUUCUAGUUUGGCAAUAUUUUUGAAACCAGUAGCCCUGUCUAAGAUCAUACAAUGCCCCAAAAUUCCCUUUUAAACAUAGCUAGCCUCAAAAGGCAGCAGCAAGAAUUUUUGCUCCAAAACAUUUCCAGUUAUAAGCAUCUUAGUCUAGAAUCUCAGAUCCCCUAGAAAAGUGUUUCAUGUGAGGGCAGUUUAACAUGUUAUACAUUUUUUAAAGAAAUGGAAAAUCGAUUUUUGAAAGAAAUGUGACAACACAUGAUCAGUACUCAGUUACAUGUAUCAUGAUCUUUCGUGUCAGACUUGAUGUGUGAAAUCGUUAGUACAAUAGCCUCUGUAUCAAGCCGUCUGGUUCAGCCUGCUGACCGCAGUGUCUCUCUCCACCCAGAAGUGUAAACAGGUUCUGGCAAUGUGUCAGGGCAACCUGGAAAAAAUUAUAGGGGUGGGGUGGGGCUAGCCUGUAAUGGGCCAGUAUCCCAUUUGGUAAGUGGGGGGAGAGCAUUGCUUCUAUUCGUUUCAUAUUUUAGAUGAGCUCUAGGUUUAGCCCUUUAUUUCUCCUUACUUUGGUGAAAUGGGCAUUAGGUCAAAUUGAAACCAUUGUUGAGUGUCUUCAGAGGAAAACCAUCGGAGACUAAUGGUCUGUUUGUUAGAGGUGCCUUUUCCAAACUGCGAUGGAAAAUCCCCAGUUACAAUAAUAAUAAAAUGUAGAUCAACAAAAGUUUGUACAAAUAUUAUUUUAACUGUCAGAGUUUUUUUGUUCACAGCUUUUACAUUCUAUAACGAAUUGUUUUUUAAUAGCGUAUUUGUUAUAUUAUUUUUAUUAUAUGCACUUAGUACACAGCUGAUGCUCUCCGUGUAAGUCAAAAGUAGAGUCACAAAAAUAAUUAAAAGUUUACUCCAAGUAGUUUACGACAUUUUUAUAAAAAUUUUGUACCUUAGGUACCCGUAAAGUAUAGGUAUUUAAUAAUUUUAUGUGCCAGUUCAUUUUUAGCUUUAAGCAGAUAAAAUAUUUUUUAUGUAUCAGUUGAUUUUUAGCUUUAAGCAGAAAAUAAAAGGCUAUUUUGCCGUCA